AGGAAGAAAUUUCUUUGUUUAAAACUUGCAAAAGUCCUUGUGUAGCCUCCUCCUUAUAAGAACAUAUCUACAGAGAACACACACAUAUAUCCCUUGUUAUCUUUUUAAACACCUUUUGUCUACUAAUUAUGGGAACUGAAAGAGCCAUGGUCUUGCCUUUGUUCAUGUUUUUCUUGGUUUCGACUGUCUCUGUUCGAGCUCAGAGAACAACAACAACAACAAACUUUACUUUCCCAGGAUUUAGUGGAAACGAAUCAGUGAUUCAAGUUUCAGGAGCUGCGACGAUCAAACCCGACGGACUGCUUAGACUCACUGACCGAAACCCAGACGUUACCGGUACAGCGUUCUACAAUAAACCGGUGAGAUUGCUGGAGACCAACGGAACUUCCACAACGGUCGCUUCUUUCAGCACAUCAUUCGUCUUCGUAAUCAUCCCUACAAGCUCCGGCAACGGAGGUUUCGGAUUCACCUUCACCCUUUCCCCGACCCCUGACCGCCAGGGAGCAGACGCCGAGCAGUACUUGGGACUGCUCAACAAAGACAACGACGGGAAUCUUACGAAUCACGUAUUCGCGGUUGAAUUCGACACGGUGCAAGGAUUCAAAGACGGCGAGGAUACCACUGGGAAUCACAUCGGUCUGAAUUUCAACAGCCUCAAAUCGGGUAUCCAACAACCAGUUGCUUAUUACGACAAUGGUAACCGUCUUGAGGAUUUCUUGCUCGAGCGCGGGGAUCCGAUACAUGCACUUUUGCAUUACGACGGACCAACCCAAACCCUUAGUCUCACUGUCUACCCUGCCAGUUUGGAGUCUAGACCCUUAAGGCCUUUGAUCUCGCAACAACCUGUUCCCCAACUGGUAGGGAUAUUGCAAGAAGAAAUGUACGUGGGGUUCACGGCAGCCACUGGGAGAGGUCAGGCCAGUGCUCACUACGUGAUGGGUUGGAGUUUCUCAAGCGGAGUAGAUCGUCCCCUUGCGAAUCCCCUCAACAUCUCGGAGCUUCCUCCUGCACCUCCCAACACUGCCAUGGAGAGAGGCUUCGAUCCUCAGAUCCUCGCUCUCAUCGUGGCUCUCUCCGGAGUAACGCUCAUCUUGCUCGCGUUACUAUUCUUCUUCGUCAUGUACAAGAAGCGUUUGCAACGAGGAGAGAUCCUCGAGGACUGGGAGGUCAAUCAUCCCCAUAGGCUCAGAUACAAAGAUCUCUACUCCGCCACCGAUGGAUUCAACCCGAACAAGAUUAUCGGUGCCGGAGGAUUCGGCACCGUCUUCAGAGGAAGCCUCUCUUCAUCAUCCUCUCCUUCUGAACAAAUCGCCGUCAAGAAGAUAACUCCGAACAGCAUGCAAGGCGUUCGAGAGUUCGUGGCCGAGAUCGAGAGUUUAGGGCGUCUAAGGCACAAGAACCUAGUCAACCUCCAGGGAUGGUGCAAACACAAAAACGAUCUCCUCCUCAUCUACGACUACAUCCCCAACGGAAGCCUAGACUCUCUUCUCUACACAAGACCGAGACAGAGCGGCGCCGUUUUGUCCUGGAACGCGCGUCUCCGGAUCGCCAGAGGAAUCGCGUCCGGGUUACUCUACCUCCACGAAGAGUGGGAGAAGAUCGUGGUCCACAGAGACGUGAAGCCCAGCAACGUUCUCAUCGAGGAUAACAUGAACCCUAGGCUGGGAGAUUUCGGGCUCGCCAGGCUUUACGAGCGCGAAACGCUCUCUCACACCACCGUAGUCGUCGGCACCAUCGGCUACAUGGCCCCCGAGCUGACGCGCAACGGCCAAUCGUCUACCGCGUCUGAUGUUUACGCGUUUGGCGUUUUGCUUUUGGAGAUCGUGUCCGGGAGGAGGCCGACGGACUCCGGGACAUUCUUUUUGGCAGACUGGGUCAUGGAGCUGCGCCAGACUGGCGACAUUCUCCCAGCAGUCGACCCGAGACUAGGAUUUGGUUACGAACGUGGAGAGGCGAAGCUUGCCCUCACUGUGGGGUUGCUCUGUUGCCAUCAGAGACCGGCUUCUCGGCCGUCGAUGAGAAUGGUGAUUAGGUAUUUGGACGGAGAGGAAGAUGUUCCUGAGAUUGACGACCACUGGGGGUAUUCAGACUUUUCGAGAAGAUCAAAGUUAGAAGGUUAUGUUUCGUCUGAUAGGGCUGAUUCUAGCUCUGUCGCAUCUUUCUCCGUCACGAGGGUUUCUUCGAGUUCUGUGAUCAUGAGCGGUAGAUGAUAGUUGUAUAUUCACCCUUUGUUUUAAUUCCUUUGUACAUCUAUAAUAUUAGCCAGCUACUUUUUUUGAACCUUGUUGUGGUGUUUUUGAAUUUAUCGU